AUGGCAAAUCUAAGAACACUGCUUUUGCUUUUUGCAUUUCAAACACCUUUCCAUGUAAAUGGACUCGUUGAAGAUGUUAUCGAAGUUCUCUACUUGGGAAGAGAAGUUAUUAAAACAAUUUCGAGCACAUGGGAAUUGGCGGAUCAAGUCGGUGUUACAAAUGAAAUUGAUUUACCAUUUAUGAAACGAAAAGAGAAAAAAAUCAUUUCAAGAAUGGCUGAACUUGCUCAAGAAUUCCGCUAUGCUGAAAUGACGGUUCAAGAAUCUUCCGAAGUAACAAUGCAAGGACUUGAAUCAUAUAUCCGUACAAACACAAAGUUGGAACUUGCAAUUCAUGAAAUGAUUGAUUUAGUAACACGAAUUGAAAGUAUUCAUAAUCAUUACGAAGAAUAUGUUGAACACUUCGAUCAUUUUGAACGUGACACGUUAGAAAAAUUUGCUCGAGCUGUCAUUGAAGAAAAUGCGGUAUCAGUAAAAGGAAUAUUACCGAGAAUACAAAGUUUGGUCGGUGGACCAUCAGGAAACGAGUUUCGAAUUCUUGGAAAUCGUGGUUUAUUGGAGCUCAUUGCUAUCGAUAUGAAGGCAAAAAAGAUGGAGAUGAAAAACAACUUGAUAUUAUUGUGCUCGAUUAUUGUAUCUUUAAGUUCAAUUGUAAAGACGGCUCGUCAUGAUGGUUCAACAGAAUGUGAUUAUGUCCGCAAUUUCUAUAUUCAAAUGGAAAAGGGCUUGUGGGAAAAAUAUGUAGACAAAGUGUCGGUGUUGUCGAGAAAUGAACGACUUUAUAAAAUAUUUAAUCAACAUUUUAUGUUCAUUCAACAAUACCUAAAAGAUGAUUAUGAUGGCGCAGAUUUCAGUGUUCUUGAACGAUUUUACGAAUGGAAUAUGAUUGAACCUGACGUUAAAAGCAUACAUGUUCUGUUUAGAGACAAUUUUCGAAGAGUACUUGAGAGAGAACUUGAAACGAAUGAUAUAAACGGAGAUGGGUUCGAUGAGCGCGCAAGUCUUGACUUUGCAGAAACAUCACUUAGUGAUCCAUUGUGGCCUGUGAACGCUACUCUUGAGAAAAUACAAAACAACAUUUAUAAUCAGGGACUUUAUUAUAAAGCCAAAUCGGAAGCAAAAAUAUCGCUUUGCUUAUCACGCAGAUCACCGCAACAAGUUUUAUAUCAACUUUACCAUGCAAUCACAAUGACUGAAUUGAAGGGAUAUGCAAUGAUGCAAUUCUCCUACAUGCUUUUAAAAACUUAUGGAAAAGGAAACUACACACAAGAAUCAUAUUUGAUGAGAAAGAACUUUGAGAAAAGAGCAGCAAAAUCGCAAGAACUUAUGCAAAAAGUUAUGGAAAUAUCUGAACGAGAUUUAUGGCGUUGCGAUCCAAACAAGCAUGAAGAAGGUUCAACAUAUAUUCAAGUUACAAGAUUACUUCAAGGGUACAUUGAAAAUGAAGUUGAUUUGAAUCGUGAAGGUGGUUGUUGGGAAACUUGUCCGCAUUAUCAAUUGACUGAAAGUUACGGUUGUUUCAAAGAACUUUACUGUGCCAAACAACCAAAAUGCUCCGGAAAACUUUUGUUUUGUAACUUUUUCGAUGCUGAUAUGUGGGUUUGUCCAUCACACCCUAUGAGUUCACGUCGUUAUGAAUAUAUCGAAUAUGAAAAUGGUAAAGUUUUAGGGGAGAGGAAAAAUUGUUUAUUAGGAACGACAAAGGUUGAUUCAUGGUGGCGAUAUUUAUUCUGGCAUUGUAGUUACUGCUUAUGUAUAUGUGAUGAACAAGGGAAAAAAUCUGACAGAUACUUUAAUCUACGUCCAACGUUUUCUAAUGUUUCCAGCAAUAUGGUCGUCACUGGGAUUCGUUUCUUCAAACAAAACCGAAUAAUUCAUCUUCAAAUUCAAGAAGGGCAGUUAAUUGAACGUGGAAAAAUUAAUAGAACAACAGUAAGAUGGGUUCCUGUUGAUGAUUAUACAAUUUAUGAUAAAGGCAUACGUGAUGGACGUGAUUAUCACACGCUGGCUUGGGAUCGUCGAGAAGUUGAUUUAGAUGAUUUAACUGCACCAGUAGGGCAUGUUGUGACAGGUGUGAAGUUCCGUGUUGUUGGUCGUCAUUUAAAUCUUGAAAUGCGGGUUUCGGAAAUAAAUUUCAGCACUGGAAAAAUCAUUGAAGCUGACAAAAGCUUUUGGAUGUCCAAUGAUAACACUGAUCAAAUGGCCUCAAUGGGAAAUAGAAAACGAAGUGAAAUGACUCUCACUUCACCUGACAUUCCGAUAAAAUCAAAAGCGAAAUCACUUCCGAUUUCGAAACCAAACACAUUCAUUAAGUUUACACAUAGUGAUAUAGGAAAAGAUGCUGCGCAAACAACAAUUCCAUUUUUGGACGCACAAGAUGUUACCAAUGAUCCACCAGUACCACUUGAAGGAAUUGGAAUUUUCGUGAAAGCUCAAAAAGGUUACGGAGGAUUCAUUGCACCAAAAAUAAAAACUUUUGAUUACGGCCCUUAUGUGCAAGCUAUUCAAACACCGCAAAAUACAUAAUUGUUGAACAGAACAUUGAAUGAUCUCUACUUUAGUAGAUAAUCACUUGAAAUUAUAUCAUAGGAAGGAUAAAUUUUGUAUUAAGGUAAUUAAUGAUGUUGUGAGAAGAAGAAAUAGAAAAUUCUAAAUAAAAAUGUGUUUUGAAACUCACCUGAACACGUAAGGGAUGAAUCAUAAGUAAUUUGAUGGUUUCAGAUCCAGGUAGAAUGUCAUUCAGCGGAAUAUUCAUUGUUUUAACAGCUUGAUAAAUAAACGCAGCAAGAUAACGAUGGAGUGGGAAAUGAAACGAAGCAUGCAUCAUUUCGCUACUCGGCAUGUGAGGCGAUUGAAAGUUUACAGCGUCGAGCCAUUCUUGCAAGUAAAUGACCAAAUAGUUCAUAAUUUUCUUUGACAACUCAGCAUAACUUCCAUCUUUUAAAUGUGAAAUUAUUGACCACAUUGGAUACGCACUCGCUUCUAAUUCGCAACUAAAUGCUGCAUAAUAUGAGCUUGGUUCGAAUUCGACAUGACUUGAAGUCUCCCGAAUGUUAACAUUCAUUCCUUGAAAGCAUUGAUAAAAAUUGAAACCACAUAUCGAUUAAGUUAUCGUCUUUUAAAAAGACGAGAGCAACUCUUUCAUGUGACAAAACGUUGUUAAAAUCUGAUACAAGUGGCCAAUAGCAAUGCUCCUUCAUGACUUUCUUAGCACAAUCAAUAACAAAAUGAAAAUUCUUUUCUGGAUCAUGUAAAGUAUUUGGUAUUAAAAUCUUCGAAACCAUUGACUUCAAACUGAUGAUCAUGACAUGAAGUAGAUUAAGUUCUUCUACCAUUUUAAGAGCAAGAUUUUCAUUCGAAAACAAUUGAACACUAACAUGAACAACACGAUUACUCAUCGUGUCGGCAUCUUCCGACAUUUCCAAUACACAAGGAAUUCGACUGUAAUGCAUAACAAAUGUUCUCGUUAAAUGUUCCUUGUAAUCUUGAUCUGGCAGCAUGUUAAGUAAGAAGCAAACAACAUUUUGAGGAAAUUCAUAUUUGAAUGUCCAAAAUAUGAAUUCUUCCAGAAGUGUUUUUAUGAACUAAAUCUUUUCCCAAUGCUGGCAAUUUCUCAUACUCUUCUGGUGGAUCUGGACAUGGGAACAUUUUUAUAGCUUCUUCAUAUUUUCGACUACUUUGAAUCAUAUAUUGACCAAACUUAUUUUUCGGAAAUGGCGAUUUAACAAGUCUUUUAUAAACCUCUGGAUCAAUCAACGAAUGUGUCAUUAUUCUUCUCAUAAGCUCUCCCAUAUUAUUAAAGUCCAUAAGCAUGCUACAAUAUUCAUCACAGUCUUUAGCUGCACGCUCAUAGUUAUAAGAAUGACCUCGAUUGCUAUGAUGAUCUCGAAAAUGAAGUAACAAUCGUAGCAAUAAUCUUGGCAUCAUCGCUUUUGCAACACACAUCAAAUCAGGAGGAACAGGACCUUUAUGUGCACAAUUAUUUAUGCCAUGGUCACUACAAAAUCCUUCUGUUUUCAUAACAGAUGUAUCACCACAGUCACAAGCACCUCCAGCUUGUGACAAAAACAUGUUGAAAUCGUGGUUUUUAUGAUUUCCUCUUUUAAAACAAUCGCGACAUAUUGACAUGCACGGUGACGUGCCACAAAUACGACAACGGUAAGCGACUACAUGAGGCACCCAAACAAGACCACACUUAGCAUGAUUAUCAUAUCCACGAACUUGAGUUGAGAAGUCAUUGGGAGAUUUUCCACUUGCAAUAAUCCAUUUACACCAUUCAAUAUUAUCUGAGUCGCUUAUAACUUUUUCUGGGCUUAGCAGAUCGUCAAGCAUUAUAGUUAAAGUUUCAGAAUGAUCAUUUGCUGACAAUUCUUGGUGUAUUAAACUUGCUGUAGCCUUUUUCCCUUGCAUCUUCAAAUUUCUUAUUCUUUUGAUGUGUUCUAGUGGACUACCGACAGGUAUUUUGUCGUUUUGAUUCCCUUCCCACUGCAUGAUUUUAUUUUAAAUAUUUUACUUAUUAAGAUUAAAUAUUUUUUCAAAUUGCUCUCUUUUUUUUCUUUUCAAUAAUCACAUU